AUGGCUCGAACAAUGGUCACUAGAAAAACAGUAUCAGCAGUAGCACUUGUAGCAUGUGCUGUGUUCACUAGCCUUCUUAUGGUAAGUAAUGUAGUGAGUGGAGAAAGGCUCCUAAAAGAUGAUCAGAAGCCGAGAAAGUUUGUUGAAGAAGAUAUAAACCAAGGAGUCUUUUUGAGAAUGAUGAAGCUUCUCUGGCAGACUGGAGGGUCAUCCUAUCAGCCUGUUUGGCCUGAGUUGAAGUUUGGUUGGAAAAUUGUAGUGGGAACAAUAGUUGGAUUCUUUGGUGCUGCAUUAGGUAGUGUUGGAGGUGUUGGUGGUGGAGGAAUUUUUGUUCCGAUGCUCGCCUUGAUCGUUGGUUUUGAUCCUAAGUCUUCCACAGCCAUUUCCAAGUGUAUGAUAAUGGGAGCUGCAGGCUCAACAGUGUACUUCAAUUUGAGACUGAGGCACCCAACACUGGACAUGCCCCUUAUAGAUUAUGAUCUGGCUUUGCUCUUUCAGCCAAUGCUUAUGCUAGGAAUCAGCAUUGGAGUUGCUUUCAACGUUAUGUUUGCUGAUUGGAUGGUCACGGUUCUUCUUAUCAUUCUUUUCCUAGGGACAGCAGGAAAAGCUUUAAUGAAAGGCAUACAAACAUGGAAGAAAGAAACAGUGAUGAAGAAGGAAGCUGAAAAGCAGUUGGAAUCAGAGUCCAAAUCCGGUGAUGGUUCUGGCGAAGACUACAAGCCAUUACCUAGUGGUCCAAUUUCAUUGCAAGAUGAAGAAGUAUCUAUCGCGCGCAACGUUCAGUGGAAAGAGUUGAUAUUGCUUGUGUGUGUCUGGGUGGCAUUCCUUAUUGUUCAGAUUGUUAAGACAUACACUGAGACUUGUUCCACCGUAUUCUGGGUCUUGAACUGCAUGCAGGUGCCGAUUGCAGCCUCAGUUACAGUUUUUGAAUCAAUAUGCUUGUGGAAAGGCACUCGGGUAAUUGCAUCAAAAGGAAAGGAAAUCACAAACUGGAAAUUGCACCAGCUUUUUCUUUACUGCAUCUGUGGGAUUAUAGCUGGUAUGGUUGGUGGACUACUUGGCCUUGGAGGCGGUUUCAUCUUGGGACCCCUUUUUCUUGAACUUGGAAUUCCUCCUCAGGUAGCAAGUGCUACAUCAACCUUUGCUAUGCUAUUCUCAUCAUCAAUGUCAGUUGUGCAAUAUUACCUUCUCAACCGUUUUCCAGUCCCAUAUGCUGCUUAUUUUGUCUUUGUUGCUACAAUUGCUGCCUUCACCGGUCAACAUGUAGUGAGAAAGAUCAUUGCAGUGCUUGGAAGAGCCUCCAUUGUCAUCUUCAUACUCGCUAUGACGAUCUUCGUCAGCGCAAUCAGCUUAGGGGGAGUUGGAAUAGCAAACAUGGUUAAGAAGAUGGAGAAUCAAGAGUACAUGGGGUUCGAAAAUUUCUGUCACCAGUCUUAG